CCAUCCGUAGUCACUUAAAUUAGGUUAACAGUUCAAGUUUGGUCACUGACCGUUAGUCUCCGUUAACUUUUGCUUAUGUGGCGGUCAACUCUUAUAGUUGACCGUUAAAUGAGUGACGUGGCAAUUAAAAUAAUAAUAAAAAAUAAAAUUUAAUUAUUUUUUAUUUUCCACCUAAUUACAAUCCACUAAUCAGAACCCAGAAAUCAAACUAAAAAAAUCGAAGAUCAAAACCUGAAAAUACAUAAUUUCCAUCAACAUGACGAGUUGCUGAUUGACGAUGCCAACAACCGAUGCCACUCUCUUCGGCGUCUCACUUCCCUCCACCGCCAGAUUACCCGACCUGCUUCUCCGGGUCCGGCCUUCUCUCGGUCUCUCGUCUAUGGUGUCCUUCAGGAUGAGGGCCACCAUGAAGGAAACCGCCUCCUCCGGCGCGUACACGGCACCCGCGGCGGAGAUGGGCUUCUACGAUCUGCUUGGGAUACCGGAGUCGGUGAGCUUGAGAGAUAUUAAGUUGGCUUACAAGCACCUGCCCAGGAAGUACCACCCGGACGUCUCGCCGCCGGAUCGGGUCAAGGAGUAUACCCAGAGGUUCAUUCGGGUCCAGGAGGCCUACGAGACGCUGUGGAUCCCAGACAGAGGGCGCUCUACGAUCGGGACAUGGCCAGAGGGCUUCACCUUGCCUUCUCCGCAAGGAGACGGUCCUCAUACCAUGACGACGAGGUAAUUUCAUCUGCAAAAGCUUCUUCCGUUUUUGUUCUUUCUCCUCCCCUGAUUUUCAAAUCUCUGGAAUUGGGGAUAUUUUGGGAUGAAGGAGAAUUGGGCUUACAAUUUCAAAUAUGUUCAGUCUCUUGAAGGAGAGUUUUGCAUAAAUCCGAUUUGGGCUCUGUUUUUCUUUGGAUUGCUCUGUUUUUUUUUACUCUGUUUUUGUGUACAUGGAAAACAGGGGCGACGCUUGGGAAGGAUUGAACAGGCUGGUGAAAACGAUAUCAUUACUUGGAAAAAAUAAAUCCACUUGCAAUAGAAAUGGUUUUCAUGU